UGCAAACUACGCGCUUAAGUUGUAUUGUAGUGUAGGGUAUAUCUAUGCCACAGGGUAUUAGUAAACAUCCAACCAGUCUAUCUAGUCCAAAAUUCAGACCACUGGCCUAGAUAGCAGGUAUUUCGCCGCACAUGCAGUAUAUAUAUACACGUGAACGCAAACACAACUGGAAUUUGAAUUACCAAUCAAAUUUGUUGACAUUCUAUUCAUCCUUUUUAUGAUCUCAUAUGUAUGGGUUUGUAUAAAUAUUAAUCAGACUUGGAGAUAAUUUUAGAGGAGAUUAAUAAGAGAGAUUUUUUGGAUCUAAUAAUUAGUACGCCUAGUAAAUCACACAUAUACAUCCACCAUCGUCAUCAUCAUCAUCGUCAUUAUUAUUAUUAUUAUUAUUACAAAACUAGUUUAAUCGUCACUUAUGGGCGGGAGAGAAAACCAAUAGACCAUUUUCGUCAUAUAACUAAUACAUACAUACAUAUAUACAAAAGACCAGAUCAGUUUGGAAUCCAUAGUAGAAAUAUAUCCAAUGCAAAAAUAAUCAAGCUAACACCGUAAAAAUUGCAAGGGAAAAGUCUUGAGGUUUGGGCAGCCCAGAUGGUCUGGAAAAAAUACAGAUGUAGAAGUGUUGUUAUAAAAUAAUGACAUAACUUUUCAAGAUAUAAUGUUUAGGUCAAAAUAUGUUGGUUCAUAUGGAUCCUUUUCUCGCGAAUGGGAACCUCCACCACAACCUCCGCCACGACCUCCACCGUUGCCACCGCGUAUACCACAAGAAUAUGACCCAUAUAUUGGUCCAGGAAAAUGGAAUAGAGGUCGUAUUAAAUCGUUUAGUGUGACCGAACACUUUGGCAGUAUUGUAGCAGAUUUUCGUAAUUUGGAAGUUUUUUUCCACCAAUCUAACGUAUACGGAAUUUCUGCGGAGCAGUUAUAUCCAGACUUACCAGUUUGGUUUCAAAUACGUCCAGGUGUAAGAGGAUUAGAAGGAUAUAAUAUUCAACCAGCAAUUGAAAUGAGAGAAUUUCCUUCAACAUCACGAAUUCCAUGGUCAGAACCAGCAGUUCGUCAACCCUUAUUUCCUCUUAGUUCAGAGCCACUUAGAAUGAGAAGGUUACCUGAAAGACGUAGAACAAGACGAUUUCGCUGUUAUAAUUGUGGACAAUACGCUUCACAUAAAGCUGCCACAUGUCCGUUCGAACCUAUGCGACGACGUUGUUAUCGAUGUCGUGAUCCAAAUCAUUUAAUAGCUCAAUGUCCAUUAUUACAUUCACUUACACCGCAUUGUUAUUUAGUACCUGGACCGUCAACUUCGCAGGUACCCCCACGAUUUUCAGAAGCACGUUUACGCGUACCACAACUGACCUUAACGACAGCACAACAACAGUUACCCCAACAAACCCAACAGCCAUUUAUGCAAUAUUUUUUCCCACCAGGGUUUGGUGAUGAUGAUGACGAUGAACAUGAUGACUUUAGGGAGUAACUGAUAGUCAUUUCAUUAUUCGAAAUACAUUUCUGUGAUAUACAAGCAGGGAAAAAACAGUCAAUAUCAAACAAUAAAACUAGAAUGAAAAGUGACUACUAAAGUUAUUUGAAUUAUUUGAUAUUCACCUAAAACGUAGUACUAUUGACUAGGUGUAUUAUCAAUCUUUUCUUGCUAUCCACUCGUUUUAUAGGGAUCAUUUUUAAUUUUUGGUCAAUGCAUUUUGUUUCAAUGAUAUUAUUAUUAUUAAUGCCAAUAUUGUUAUUAUUAUCACUAGUCUUAAACAUUCAAUAAGAUGACGUUUAUCAAACAUCACUUACUGCCUUUAUCUCUUGGUUUCAUAAAGUGGAUUAAGUUUCCUUUAGUCUAUCUCUGUCAUAGAUACACACAUACAUACAUACAUACAUACAUACAUACAUACAUACAUACAUGCACAUAGAAUAGAAAUUCUUUUCAUUUUUUUUAGGAAACAUCUUAAAACAACAUAGAAAUAGGCGUAUUCAAUUAAUUAAGCAGUUUGAUAUUUCAUUCAUCUUUCUAUAGAUUCCUUUUUGUUCCUUUGCUAGAAUAUUCAAGUAAUCAAUGGUUUUAGUUUUAUAUUCAUGGAGAAUUAUUAUUAUUAUUUUAUUAGCGUUUCGUAUAUUCACCAAAUGAAAAGGAAAGAAUUAAAUCGUUUCUUUUUUGUGAUACAUAAAUAUUACAAAUGCAAAAUGAUCAAAAUAACCUGUAAAUGAAAGUAAACUAUAAGUAACGGACGGAAGACACUAUUUUUUUGUUUUUGGGACAGAAAAUGAGCUUCAUUGAAAGUUUUCUCAUGUAUGCACUUAUUCUAUGAAUCGCUUUUUAUACUACUAAUAUACUCUUCAUACUACUUAAAUUGAUCGACAGAUCAUUGUACGUUAUGGCUUUAUUUUGUAACUGUCUACCUACUUUCACUAUUAUUAGUACUAUUAAUAAUUAUUACUUUAUUACUGUAAUCAGUAUUAUUGCAAAUAUUGUUGAGAUCUCGUUGUUAUUGUUUUGUUGUUAUUCUCUUUAAUUAAUUGGAACAUGUUAGUAAAUCUGUAAAAGAAAAUAAGGAAGAAUAGGAUAUUUCUUUUCUAUUGAUAAUUUCUAUUGUUGGUUGACUUGGGAUUUUAUCACCGUUCCUUUUUAUCAGAGAGAAAUAUUUCGUUUAUUUUCUAUGGUAAAAAAUAUGGAAUCUAGGAAUAUGUUUUAUGUCAGCAGCUGCUUACAACCACCAUCACAUCAUCAUUUUUCUUUUAAACUACUCACAUGUUUACGCUAAAUUACUGUGGUAAAUUGUUUGUUUACUUAUAUGAAGAUUUAUUUGUGUGUUCUGAUCAGUGUGUUUUCCUUUUUACUUUGAUGUAUUUAUUUUGACGUUUUGUCUUACAUACGCACAAAACAUUUUUCGUAAUGACCUGUAAUGAUUGCUGGCACAAACGAUAAUUUUUACUUUUCUAAGGAGCUGGUCUCUCCUAAUAUUUUUUUCAUUCAAUAUGUCAAUGUUUGUUUUUGUUAUGGAUUUCACUUUUCAAUUAUUAUUAUUAUUAUUAUUAUUAUUAUUAUUAUUACUUUUAUUAACUUUUGUGAAAGCUCAGUGAAAAUUAUUAGGAUCUGAAAUAAAAAUUAACUGCCUCUGA